AACAACACCAAGCGCUUAAAGUAGGACAAAAGUAGCGCACAUUCAUCUUGAGUACCAUUAAAGCCCAACAUGAGGCGCUAACGAAACUGACAAUGCAAGACGAUUUGUUGACGGAAGUUUGCGUUCAUAGAAGAAGAAAUAAGCAACGAUGGUGAGAGUUAAGUCAAGGUAUUUACUCUGUGAGAUAAACGUGACAGACAGAAGCAGUCUUUUGCUCUUGAAUGACAAAGCAAUCGCCGCGGCGGUCAAAGAAGUGGUGGCCCGCAUACACGGCGACUAUGGGGCUGCCAUGUGCUUCCUGAGAUUCUCUGUGAAAUACCUGAAUACUCAAACAGGAAUGGUAUUCCUGCGUUUCCCUAAAAUGAGCUACAAACUGCUGUGGUCAGCAUUACCUUUUAUCACCAGUAUUGAUACCCGUUGGAAGAAAAUACCAUGUUUUCUCAACUGUCUACAUGUUGGAGGAACAAUCAGAACGUGUCAGAAAUUUCUGAUACGUUACAACACACAGCAGCUCCAUCGAAUGCUCCCGAAUUGUCAAAAUGAAGAAGAAAAGGAAAAGAUUCGCAAAGCUAUUUUAAGUUGCUCCAUAAUACAAGGAGCAUUUGAAGAUGAACGUGAUGAUAAUGAAGAUGAACCAUAAACUGACGAUGUUGACCCCUCCAGCCUCCACCACCAAACCCCAAGUUUCAAUAAUUUCCAACCUAUUUGUGCCGUAUUUUUGUGAAAUAAAAUGGAAAAAAAAGCUGAUGUGCUUGAUGGAUGUUUGUUUAUUUUAUUCUUAGUAUCUUUUCAUAAAGCUCAACUCCAAAUUUGGUGAACCUGACCAAUACACCAAUAAUGAGAAGGAAAUUAGGUUAUUAUUAUUUUAUUUAUUAAUUAAUUUGACAGAUCUUGUUGUCAUUUUUCUUUGGAGAACAUUCUUUAAGAAUCUGAAGUGUUUGUGUACAUGGGAAUGUUUUGCGAGCCAUCUAGAAUGGACAUCGGUUGAUGCUGUUGAAUGAGAACCUGGUGCAUUUUGUACUCUUGUAAUUAGUGAUUCUAAAAAAUGUAGCAAGCAUUCUAGUAGUAGCACAAAGAAAAAAAAACA